UAUAAAAAUGCAGCAAAUCGAGAAUGUUUUUGUUCCCAAAAUUGGCCAGGCAGACAGUUUUAAGGUUUGAGGUGAGGUCAAGCUUCCUCCUGCUAUGCUAUGCUAUGUGCUACUCUAUAAUAAGAGAAUGGGCACGGCAACCCUGACGACAGACCAAACGGACCAAAGCUUCGCAGAAACGGAAACCGAAAUCCAAACCCCCGACCCACCCAAGCGCCUCCGCUCUUCUGCCGCGGACGCCAAGAUAGGGACCGACGCCCCCGCCCCCGCCCCCGCCCCGGCCGCCGGCGCCGGCGACGCGGCCCGGAAGCGGCCGGGCGGGGAGGAUGCGGCCGCGGCCGCAGACGGCAAGCGGCGCCGCGCGGAGCACCCCUCCUCCGGCUCGCGCGAUCGGCACGGCCACCAGCAUAAGGCGGGGCACAAGGCGGGCCGCCCGGGGGACGGGGGCAAGGGGAAGAGGGAGACGAUGCGGGCGUCGCACAUCCUGAUCAAGCACGAGGGGUCCCGGCGCAAGGCCUCGUGGCGGGACCCCGACGGCGUCGCCAUCUCCGCCACCACCCGCGACGACGCCGCCGACCUCGCCCGCGCCCUCCGCGACCAGAUCGCCGCCGGGGAGCUCCAGUUCGACGCCGCCGCCCGCGACAACUCGGACUGCAACUCCGCCAAGCGCGGCGGCGACCUCGGUCCAUUCGAGAAGGGCAAGAUGCAGAAGCCUUUCGAGAAGGCAGUGAUUGCUCUGAAAGUGGGGGAUAUGAGCGAUGUGGUUGAUACCGAGAGCGGGGUGCACAUCAUCUUGAGGACCGGUUGACAGCGUCCAUGGGAGUACUGUCAAUCGAUAUGAGAUUGGUUUGAAACAUUGCGCGAUCUCUUAAGCAGAGACCUUUUGUUAUUAACUUGCAUUGUAACAGUGCUGACUGCAAAGCUACUACGGGAUUGGUUGUAUGCCAGGAUUAGACGUCGGUGGUGCUUGUGUUGUCUCGAUAAUGUUACAGCUUUUGAGUGAAAUUCAGUUGAUAUUUAUGGUUUA